AUGGCACUGCCUCCUACCCCCCUGGCCAUGGAAUAUGUCAAUGAUUUUGACUUGAUGAAGUUUGAGGUAAAGCGGGAACCUUCGGAGGGGCGAUCUGGCCCCUCCACAGCCUCACUGGGCUCCACACCCUACAGCUCAGUGCCUCCUUCACCCACCUUCAGUGAGCCAGGCAUGGCGGGGGCCACUGAGGGCCCCCGAUCAGGCCUGGAAGAGUUGUACUGGCUGGCCACCCUGCAGCAGCAGCUGGGGGCUGGGGAGACGCUGGGGCUGAGUCCUGAGGAGGCUGUGGAACUGCUACAGGGUCAGGGCCCAGUCUCUGUUGAGGGGCCCCAUAGCUACUACCCAGGGAGCCCAGAGGACACAGGAGGCCAGCAUGCCCAGCUAGCGGUGCGGUUUUCUGACGCGGCGCUGGUGUCGAUGUCUGUGCGGGAGCUCAACCGACAGCUGCGGGGCUGCGGGCGCGAAGAGGCUCUGCGGCUGAAGCAGAGGCGCCGCACGCUGAAGAACCGCGGAUACGCGCAGGCCUGUCGCUCCAAGCGGCUGCAGCAACGGCGUGGGCUGGAGGCCGAACGCGCCCGCCUGGCAGCCCAGCUGGACGCGCUGAGGGCGGAGGUGGCCCGCCUGGCCAGGGAGCGCGACCUCUACAAGGCUCGCUGUGACCGGCUGGUCUCCAGCGGCCCCGGGUCCGGGGACCACGCCCACUUCUUCCUCUGAGACGCUGGGGGCCGCGGAGUGGUGGAGUAGGUGGGUGGGGGGCACCACUCAGAAGGCGGCUGUACCAUUCACCAGAUGGUUACUGAGCGCCUUCUGGUGCCAGACACUCCGUUGUAUGACCACACCAAUAUUCGCAAACUUCCUGGACCCUUAAGGCAUACUCUGAGGUUAGAUGCUGGUCAUUUUCUGAGAGAGGGGUCCCCCUGCCCUCAUGGCAGGCGGUGCUCAGAAACCCUCCACUUUCUGCCCGACCCCACAUGACCAGGAUGCUGAGAUCUACAGGAGCCAGUGCCAGGCACUGUGCGUGUGUGGGAGUGGGGGGUGGAGGGCGUGGAUGAUGGCUGUCCAUGACACAGUAAAUGGGAGGUGAGGGAGUGACGCAGCUCCCCUUCAGUUUAGAUUUUAAUUCAAGGUUUUCAACCUAUAGUGCAUUGGGUGGUAAUUAGCAAUAAUUGCUGGGGGUUUUUUUUGUUGUUGUUGUUUUUUGAGGCUGGUAACAUCCCCAUUCAGGACUAUUGCAGUUUCAAUAUUUCAAUUCCCAGUAGCAAGACAGACUAGGAAAUCUAUCCCAUAGGCUUUCUUCCUACCUAAUCCAGUGGCCUCCAGUGCCCAGAGAAGCCAAGGUCUGAGGAGCUCUGGGGGUGGUUGGUGUGGGCUGGUGUGAGAGGAUCCUGGGCAGGAGUCUGGAGAACUGGAUGCUAGUCCCACUCUGCCGCAGGAUACUUGUGUCACCUUGAACAAAUUACCUGCUCCCUGGAUCUCGGUUACCUCAUCUAAUUCUCGUUUGGAUUGGAUGACUUCUGACACCUUACCAGUUAUGGCAUUUCCUUAAUGUGGGAGUCCAGUGGUCUCCCCAAGACAAUCUCACCAAAGGGACUUCCUGUCCUGCUCCAGCUUCCUGGCUACAGCCUAGGCCGUGGAGGAACCCCCGUGCACUGGUAAUCUGCUGCUUCUCCCUCUGGGCUGCCUUGAGCUACAGACCUGCAUAGGGUACCCCUACCUCCUGCCUCUCUGAGGGCUGAGGUAAGACUUUCCCCAGCAUGAAAAAUAGCUGACAGAAUGCAGCUUUUCUGAAUUAAACUUGAAGUCCAGGCAGAA